CACUUAGUCUCACAUGAGUCAGGAUAUCUGACACAGGACGGCUGCUCAGUAGUAAUGGUAGCACAAAGUGUAGAGUUACCGACCCGUUGCUACAGCAAUGUUGCUGAGCAACAUCCGAUAACACUAAAGACAUGCUGGGAUCAGGUUAGACGGCAGACUCAGACCUGCUUUUGCUUUUUGCGUCACAAUAGAGCAGCUGUUUUUCAAUUUCAGCACCACGGACAGCGACUGGUCACGGUGAACAGCUCCUAUUGAGCCUUUUUUUGUUUGUUUGUUUGUUUUGAGGCAUUUUCGCUGGCUUUGAAGGGACAAAAAGAAAGUAUGGAUGGAUGCUUCACAAACACUCAAGAAUCUAAGGACAAGUGUGUAACCCUGAAAGACUCUGUUUAGAGGAAUGUUCAGGAAGAUUAAUAAUGUGUUCCGCCCCAACCAUCAUGGACACCGAGGGCGGGAUGGUGAUGGUGGGUUUCGGUCCGAGCAGGACUACCACAACGCCUGCACCGUCAGGCUGGUCCGCAGCACCUCCAUGCUCGUAGUGGGAGAGAAAACUCAGACAGCCGUGGGCUCAACCUUGAAACGAAGUAAAAGUACAGUGAGCAUUGAGUCGACCUUGUACUAUUAUCAGAGACAAGAGGACAGGAUAUGGCUCUACUCUCAGAAUCAGAACUGCUUGGAGUACCUUGAAGCACUUGUUGCUUUGAGACGGCAGUACACAAAGAGCGUGAGUGGUUUGAAAAGUAAUGACACCAAGGCCACCCUGUCCUCCAAAAAGAAGCCUGCACCCCCGCCGCCUACAAAGGAGAAGCUGAUAUCAAGAGUCAAACCCUCUGCCCCUCCGGUCCCCAACGAGGAGGACACGCUGCAGUUCUUUGAUGAGGUCAUCGCCGGCUGUGACACCGAACCUCUGCGCAAACCGUAUAUAGAUGAUGGACACGCAGAUGUUGACUUCAUAGUGGCGUCCAGCUCGGCCGAACACGACCUCCACUCUAACUGGGUCUUGCGGGUUCCUCGAGACGCAGAAGACACUAAACAGAAAGCAGUUCAUGACCGUGCCAAUGAGAGCUCCCGGAAGAAAGAAAAGAAAAAGCAGAGCGGGUCUACAAGCAGCAGACUGCGGCUGCAGAGGAACCCGAUCCAUCUGCCCAAAGUGGUGGAGAGUGCAUUCCAGACUCUGCGCUUCAAGCCCAAAUUAAAAAAGCAGUGAAGCUUGAUAAGACAUUUGAAACCAGCAGCACUGCCAAGCCGCUGCUUAACCUAGUUUGUAUGGACUGACACCAUGCUUUGAUUAAAAUCCAUCUAGACAAUAAUACAUAAAAUAUUUAAAAGGAAUUUUAAUAAAAAACAAGUCAAGGUUCCCACUUCUUUUCAUUUUCCUGAACCUUCCCAAGAUAUUUCUAGGAUAAUACAGGACAGAUCAUAAACAGUCACAUACUUUUCUGAUCGGCCUAGUGGCCACACAUUCAACCUGUUUUAUUCCUUCUUUUUUAUUGAUGCAGGGUUCAUGAUGAGGUGUCUCAGUUCAUUAGAGAUGACGGCUACACCUAUCCCCACUAACUGAACAAAAAGGCUUUCUGACCUUUAAAAGCCUACAUCCAUCCAAGUGACACCCAGGUCCAGUCUUAAUUAAAAUGAUUGAUUGUAAUAUGCUUUCCUAUCAUCUUUGAAUUGGUUCUAAAGUGUCUCAAAGCGACAAUCUGAAAAAAUUAUUAGACCAUUGUUUUCUUC